AGCUGUCAUCCGGCCUAAAUAAAAAACUGGGAGACCCUUCUAUUUUUCCUUGAGAAACACUUGUGUGAUCGAAACAACGAACGAUGGACGAUGAAUUGCUGGAACUGCAGAGGCAAUUCGAGUCAGCUCAACAAGCGAAAUCGAGCAUCCGAUUAUCGGAGCGAAAUGUCGUCGAGUUAGUCCAAAAGCUUCACGAACUUCACAUCAUCGAUUUCGACCUUCUCCACACCGUCUCUGGCAAGGAAUACAUCACUCCUGAACAAUUGAGGAAUGAAAUUGGGGCAGAGGUCAAGAAAUUAGGGCGUGUUUCCUUGAUUGAUCUUGCAGACAUUACCGGUGUUGAUUUAUACCACGUUGAGAAACAAGCUGAACACAUGGUUUCUAGUGAUCCAGAGCUCAUGUUGAUUCAAGGAGAAAUAAUAUCUCAAUCAUAUUGGGACUCUGUAGCUGAAGAAAUCAAUGAGAGGCUUCAGGAGUGUAGUCAACUUGCUUUGGCAGAACUCGCGGCACAGUUGCAAGUCGGCUCUGAGUUGGUGGCAUCUAUGUUGGAGCCUCGUCUUGGGUCAAUGGUGAAAGGUAGGCUUGAAGGUGGGCAGUUGUAUACUCCAGCCUAUGUUGCACGUGUUGGUGCCAUGGUUCGUGGUGCUGCAAGGGGAAUCACAGUUCCAACAAAUUUGUCAGCGUUAUGGAGCACCUUACAGAAGCUUUUGCAAGAAAUGGAUGGAGCAACUGGCGUGGCUGUUGAAGGUUCUUUUUUCCAGUCUUUGUUUAAUGCAGUGGUUAAGGAAGGCGAGGUGCUGGGAUCACUUCGUGCAGGAGCUCAUUGGACUCCAAGUGUUUUUGCUAUUGCCCAAAGGGAAUGUGUAGAUUCUUUCUUUUCACAGAAUUCUUUCAUCAGCUAUGAAGCUUUGAACAAACUUGGGAUUUCACAGCCUGUCCAGUUCUUGCAGUCCAGGUACCCUGAAGGUACACCUUUGGUUACAGCAUUUGUUCACCCGUCAAUGAUUGGGAUGUUGGAUUCUGCUAUAGAGGAUGCUCUUGAGCGGGGUAGCUGGAUUGAUUCUCUUUCUGUAUUACCCCCAUCCUUUGGACUGCAAGAUGCAUCUAAGAUUUUGUCUCUUUGUCCAUCUAUUCAGUUGGCUCUCAAGGCUAAUAAAGUGCUCAUCCUGGGGAAAGUCUAUGUUCUUAGCAAUGCUUUUGUCAAGAAUAUCUAUGAUCGCGUGGAAAAAGAGAUGGAAGUUUUCAGUCGUUCAGGGUCUUCUGGUAUCAUGCUGAGUGAUGAUUCAAGAGGGUCUACUGAGUCAAAUGAAGCUAGUAGUGAGAGUGGUCAUAAAAUUGUGGCGGAGAAAGGAUCAAAGAAGAAAAAGGGAAAAUCCUCAGGCAAUGCAAAAUCAGGUUCAGCUGAAACUGGUGUGGACCAGGAUUACAUCCCUACAAAAUCUAAGAAAAACCAGAGGAGAGGCAAGGAUACAUCUUUAUCACAAGUGUCAGAUAGGAAAGACUCAGUUAAAGUGCAAGAGAAUGAUCUUAAUUUUCCUUCAGAAGAGUGGGUAAUACAAAAGAUUAUGAUGCUGAAUCCUGAUUUUGAAGAACAAGGAAUAGAUGAUCCUCAGACAAUUCUCCGGCCUUUAGCAAACCAUAUGAGACCUACGCUAAUCAAUUAUUUGAAGGAAAGAAGAAAGGCGUUGUUUACUGAAAAUGCAGAGAGAAUGAAGCGCCUACACGAAAAUUUGCAAAAGAAACUUGAUGAGUCUUUCUUAAGCAUGCAGCUGUAUGAAAGGGCAUUAGAAUUGUUUGAAGAUGACCAAUCAACUUCAGUUAUAUUGCAUCGACACUUGUUGAGAACAACUGCUACUGCUAGUGUGGAUACCCUCUUUCUUAACCUGGACAUGCACAAUAAAUUGAAGAAUGGUAUUGAAGUUGAGGAAUCCCAACAUUCAGAAUCUGUUUCACUAAGUUCAGGAGAAAGAACCUCUCUUGCCAAGAGUUUUCCACGGUCACUUUCAAAGAAGGCUCUUGAUGUCCUUGAAUCUGUGGAAGGGAAGCGAGUGGAAGCAUUUAUGAGUGCAUUUAGAGAGAUAGCAGAGGAGAGUGGAUUUCCCUUGAAAAAGCUUGACAAGAAAUUGGAGAGAACAUUGCUGCAUUCAUAUCGAAAGGAUUUAAUAUCUCAAGUUUCUUCCGAGACUGACCUGAUUUCACUUCUGCCAAAAGUUGUAUCGCUGCUUUAUAUACAGGUUUACAAUAAAGCUCUUCAAGCCCCUGGAAGGGCCAUUUCUGUUGCUGUUUCUCGAUUGAAGGAUAAACUAGAUGAUUCAGCAUAUAAGAUUUUGACAGAUUACCAAUCUGCGACAGUGACCCUUUUGGCACUAAUGUCAGCAGCAAGUGGUGAUGAGGAAGAUUGUUCAUCUGAUAGAAUUUUGAGUAAAAGAGAGCUUCUGGAGGAACUAAUGCCAGCACUGAAAGGCAUAGUUUUGGGCACCUCACAAUCUUGAGCUGGCUUGGCAAUAAAUUUAGGUAGGGGAAGCUGGCCAUAUUAUAUUUUAUGUCUUUGAUUGCAAAUAAAAGGAAUGCGUGAGGAUGUUUAGGUUCGAAUGUAACUCAUCUUACCUUUUUUCUUUUUAUCAACCCGAGAAGCAGUAUUGGAUUGUGUUUGAAGCUGAUUCCAAAUGGAGUUUUUCCUUUUGUUUCAGCUUUUAUUAGUUUAUAAGAAUAGAAUAUAAAGUCGUAGUGGUCAUUCCCUGUAUAGUGCACAGAAGAAUUAAGCUAAACAUUAUAUUCAGCUGCAGAGGUUAUUUACAUACA